AUGUCUGGGGGCAUAUUGCUAGCCACUGGCUUGGGACUAUCUUCCUCUCCUCUCCACGCCGAUAGCGAUGGUGGCGAUCCAGCGAACAAGAAGACACCACUGCGUGAAUUAGUCCGAUCCUACAUAGUCUUCACAAUGUGCUCCUUUCCGGCCUUGAUCGAUAUAUCCCCCACGAUGCUUGACGUGCUCACGAGCAUUCCGGGUAUCAAGCAAGUAACGGAGGCUUUGGUUAGAGUUACUUUCUUUGAUCAGUUCGUCGGAGGAGAUACUGCUUUAGAGACGGUUCCGCUGCUAAAGGACCUUCGCUCCGCUAACAAGGGAACAUUGUUUGCUUAUUCUGUAGAGGUCGAUGAGCAUGAGGCAACGGCGGCGGCGUCUCUGAAGAAGGUCUCGCAGCCUGUGCACAAACGAAUAGUAAAUGAAAUGGUCCAUUGCAUUGACGUCGCAGCCGACUUCGAGGAUGGCAUCCUUGCAAACGCGACGACAGGUCGGAGGACCUGGGUAGCCGUGAAACUGAGCGCAUUACUUCCUGAUGCUAACUCCCUGCUCCGUUACUCAACAGCUCUCCUCACUUUACGACCCAAAUCCUCUGUUCCAUUCCCUGGAUGCCCUCACGCUAGCGACCUUGACUUUCUCUAUGCCCCGAUCGGUUCCAUCAAGAGUGAUCUAACUGAAGAGGACAUCAAAUCCCUCCGAGAGCUGCACGCUGACCUUCACCGAAUCUGCACACGUGCCAAGGAAAGAGGCGUCAAGAUUAUCAUCGAUGCAGAAUACAGGCAUGCUCUGCCCUGGUAUCAACCUGCCAUCGACGCUCUGCAGCUGGCUCUCAUGCGCGAGUUCAACAAAUUGGGAGAAUCGAACGGUGUACAACCAUUAAUAUACGGGACCUUCCAGGCGUAUCUCAAAAGGACCCAAUCCUACCUCGAACAGUCCUUCAAAGAUGCCCAAGCCGACAACUAUGCCCUCGGCGUCAAGUUGGUCCGAGGAGCGUAUCACCCUCACGAGACCAUCGCCCACCAAUGUUAUCGGGCCGGCAAAACAUCCCUCUCGAUAUCAUCCGAUCCUCUCCCGCCUGUAUGGGCGGAGAAGUGGGAAACGGACAAAUGCUACAACGAAUGCGCAAAAGUGCUUAUCAGGGAGCUCAAGCAGGAUCUGGGAAGAGAGGAUCAGACGAUGGGGAUCUUGUUUGGAACGCAUAAUUGGGCGAGCUGUCAGUUGAUUUUGACGGAGUUGGUGGGGGAGGGGCUGGCGAAGCAUGUAGAGGGCGAGGGGGAAGAGGCUGUGAGCUUAGGUGAUGACGUUACGGAAAGAUUAACUAUCGGGCAGCUUUUUGGUAUGGGGGAUGCUUUGACUGAUUACUUGGUGGAAAGGACACGGUCGAGUACUCCAAUGAUCAUCAAGUAUGUUCCAUAUGGCGCUUUGUCAGAGGUAAUGCCUUACCUAUCACGGCGAGCGAUUGAGAAUAAGUCGGUUCUUGGAGACGGGCAAGCAUCUGAAGAGAGGCGGAGAGUGGGAUCACAAAUUUGGAAGCGCAUAUUUGGAUAG